AUGAAAGAACUUUAUCUCCAAAAGGGAGAAGUCAUUUACCAGAAUGUAGAGAUGGACGUUCAAGCCGUCAACAGCAAGCCAAAUGAGGUUCAAGGGGUGUCUGCUAAAGGAUUCCCCAUUAUUAUUAAAGAUUUAACCUAUCGGUAUAAUCUGAAUUUGUGUGUCCUCCUUAAAACUCAUGUUUCAGGAUCUAAAGAUGAGGUGAUUAUCCACAAGCUAGGUUUUGAAUCUUGGUGUAGAAGCGAAGCUAAAGGUUUUGCAGGAGGCAUUUGGUGCCUUUGGAACAAGAAAGAGUGGAAUAUCGAACUUCUAGAAGUCCAUAAGCAAUUUAUCCAUCUGAAUAUCAAAGACAACAAAAAUCGAAACUGGUACUACACUUGUGUCUACGACAGCCCACAACCUGGGACCCGGAGUAGCCUCUGGGAGGAGUUAGAAAAUUUCGCAACGACUAUCCAAGAACCUUGGUGCAUUGGCGGGAAUUUUAAUUCUACCAUUUUCCUUGAAGAAACAGGGGGCAGUUUCAAUCUUUCUCAAGACUCAAGAAGAUUCCAAGAGUAUAUUCAGAAUUGUGGCCUAAAGGACCUAGGUUUUUCAGGGCUCCCUUUCACCUGGCAGAAGAAUAGAGUCAAACGAAGACUGGACCAGCUUCUUUCCAACUUGGAUUUCAAUGAUCUCUUCCCAUAA